UCACACCAAACUUGAUUCAUUCAAUUAAAUUGAUUUCAGUCCUCACAUAUUGUGAUAGUUGUAGGUGUGCUCUCGUUUGUUUGGAUACAUGCAACCACACUAUCCCUCUGCAGAUUAGACAUCUGCUUCAUAUUAUGUAUACUGUAUGUGCAUGUUUUUUUCAAUUAAAACUGCUACAUACAGAUGUGCACUGUGAUUCUCUCUGCAGCUCAUGACUGUGUGACAGCAGAGGAAGACUGACUUGUUUAAAAGCUGUGACACUUCUAUCAAGUGAAUUCCUGACCAUGACUUUGCGCAUUAACAGCCGUGAUUGUAUUUUACAACGUUCAUUGUAUUUUAAAGCUACUUAUGUGGAGGCCAGGGUAAAGCUACAUCAAGCUGAGUAUACAUCAGACCUGACAGACACCGAAGAUGGCUUGAUAAAGAGAAAGGCAAGGUCAAAACUCUUCCAGAGUCAGAGCAAGCAACUAGAAUCAAGUGAGCAUUCUGAUUCAGAGGACCAACUUCCUCCCACUCCCCCAGAAAAACUCCUUUGGCCUGCAGCAAAUAAAAUGACUAUCCGGAUCACCAUCCCCACUGCCCAGCAAGUCGCUAGUUCCACUGUCCAACAGAUCGCCAGUUCCACUGCCCAGCGAGUCGCCAGAUCCACUGUCCAGCAGAUCGCCAGCCCCACUGCCCUGCGAGUCGCCAGUUCCACUGUCCAGCAGAUCGCCAGCCCCACUGCCCAGCGAGUCGCCAGUUCCGCUGUCCAGCAGAUCGCCAGCCCCACUGCCCAGCGAGUCGCCAGUUCCGCUGUCCAGCAGAUCGCCAGCCCCACUGCCCAGCGAGUCGCCAGUUCCACUGCCCAGCGAGUCGCCAGUUCCACUGUCCAGCAGGUCGCCAGUUCCACUGUCCAGCAGAUCGCCAGCCCCAGUGCCCAGCGAGUCGCCAGUUCCGCUGUCCAGCAGAUCGCCAGUUCCACUGCCCAGCGAGUCGACAGUUCCACUGCCCAGCGAGUCGCCAGUUCCGCUAUCCAGCAGAUCGCCAGCCCCACUGCCCAGCGAGUCGCCAGUUCCGCUGUCCAGCAGAUCGCCAGUAACACUGCCCAGCGAGUCGCCAGUUCCGCUAUCCAGCAGAUCGCCAGCCCCACUGCCCAGCGAGUCGCCAGUUCCGCUGUCCAGCAGAUCGCCAGUAACACUGCCCAGCGAGUUGCCAGUUCCGCUGUCCAGCAGAUCGCCAGCCCCACUGCCCAGCGAGUCGCCAGUUCCGCUGUCCAGCAGAUCGCCAGCCCCACUGCCCAGAGGUUUGCAAGCCCCAGUUGUGAAGCCAUGUUCUCUAAACUUCUUACAAUUGUAGAAGAAAUUAAGGAGACCCAGAAGGUUCAUGGUAAGAUGCUAAAUGUCCAAGAUACAUCAGUGAUGGAGGUUCCUGAUGGUGUGGUCUUCCCGCUGCAAACUCGAGCAGAUGUUGAGGCGCUUGAGGAGCAACUGGGGAACCACAGUCUAAUGUCUGCUGUUGUUGCCAUGGUGGCAGAUAUAGGGGGCACAAAUGUAGAUGAUGCAACUAGGCGAAUGAUGAAAUACAUUCUGUCAAACGAGCUGGCAUUGGACUAUAACAUGUUUGGCCGUCACGGGAAAAAGAAGUUUAAGGACUUGUGUCUUUUCAAUGUUGUGUAUGAGGCUCUUAAGAAGAAUUCAUUGACGGCACAGGUGAACCAGCAGGAGGCAGAGAGGGCACUUUCGAAAUGGUUCACUGGGGCAAGAGACAGAGGAGGACGAAGGGCAUCCAGACAGCCAGUGCCAAAUUAAACAGUACUGAGCAGUGGUAGAAUGUGAGUGAGUGCUGAAAAUGUUUAUUCAGGUACAAGUACAGUUAAACUGUUAAAAUAUUACUCGGUUACAAGACAAAAUGUUGACACACUGUUACAUUGG